CGAAGGCCGUUACUGUGGUGCCGUACACUCGUGUAGUAGAACGUCUCUCCCAUGCGAAUGUUUAACCGACGCGAUGGUGGCUAAAUCAGCCUGAAUGGUUUAGGGUCCGCCUGAAUGAUUUACGAGGACGCCCAUUGCUGCGGUCUUCAACUUACUUUUGGAACGCGAGAAGCCCCGCCUUAUCACUUUCUUGCGUGAAAUCUGGACCUGCCCUAUGCACCGAGCUGAUUCGAAGACGGUAUCGAUGAGAGUUUGGGCUUGUGAGCGGACCUACGAAAAGUCGCACCUCUUAACUCAAACAUGAAGCUCUCUCUUGUCUUCAGCGCGCUCGCAUCCAUCGUGGUUCUUGCUACGGCGUACCCCACGCAAGAAACCAUCGCGAAACGUUCCUACGUGGAGAAGCGCGAGGACCUUGACGCUACUCACGACUCUUACAAGGAUGUGGAGGAGCGCGAGGAAUUUGGCUCCAAUCUUUUCAAUUAUAACGAACCGUACUGAACUUGAUGUCAGGUUCUACGCAGGUCUGGCAUCGCUGCAGCCUCACCCACAAGUCACUUCCAUGUAUUACUACAUAUCAUGACUCCUUUAUCUGAUAUCUUGUUCCGGCUGAUACUAAAAAAGUGGCCAUACGCCCCGAAUAUAACGACCACUCGACAUCCCAUCAAAAUAUAGAGGAGAUCCUCUAAAAUCAAAGUUUAUUGUAUAUCCAUGGGGUGACUGUCUGACACCGAUCUUCCUUCCUUACCUUCCCUUUGUCUUAGGUAUCGAAGCAGAUGUCCCAACUUGC